UGUUUGGGGAUGGACUAACCAGCUUGGGACUGUAGCUUGUGACCAGAUGGAAGCACCAUUGGACCUCACGGAUAGAUAGAAGCCGGCUAUAAAGGGAUUAUUUUGGCUGCCGAACACAGGAGGCACGCUGUGCCACGAGAGAUCACCUGGAGGCAGACCCUUCUUCCCUGAACAGAGGAAAAGGACACGUCAACACCCAUUUGUCCGGUUAUGGAGCCAGUCCACAUGGUGGCACAGUGAUGAAGCACUAACUGCUUUGGCACAAGGUCCUGCGUGUUGGAACACUUCUUGAAGGAAUUUACCCUGUUAGACAGGGGAUUUGGACUGUUUUGCCAUGUGUCAAAUCAGCUUGCCAUCCGCCCCAAAUGACCUCUACUCGUGGUAUACAUCACACCAAAAAUAAAGCGUGGAAGGACAGUCUCCCUUGACAGGAGAGAACAAAAAUAUGGCCGACAACGCCGUCCCACCCCUGAUGCUUUUGCCUACAGGGAAAAUGCGUUGGAGUGGAGUACUCCCUGGUUUCAUCCUACCCUCUUUGUCUCUUUUUUUUCUACUCCUUUAUACUCUCAUAUCUUCCUCAAUGGCUGUUGUUAGUUUGCCGGGAUUAGACUAUGACUAUGGAGCACAGCCAAAGUUUGUUUGCACCCCGAUUCCAGCGGAUGCAGACCCCAGCUGCUUCACACCAGGCGGGGCAGCACACGGACCUGCCCACGACAGACCCAGCAGUAAUGGGCAUCAUGGACCUGCUGCAGGGGCGCCCAAUGGUAACGGCAGGAGGUCGAUGGGAAUGGGGAUAGGAAUAUCAGACGAGGCCAAAUCCACCAUCCUGCACCUUCGCGAGAGCCUGGUGCGGCAAAAGGAGACCAUCUUAGACCAGCGGGAGACGAUCAGGGAACUGACUGCCAAGCUGACCCUCUGUGAGGGCUUUGGCCGGGGGGUGGGUCAUCAUGAUGACCAUCACGACAACCACCAUGGACCCCCGCGUCUCAACACCCAUCACCCGAGCUCGCACCAUGCCUACCAUGAUGCUGACCACCACGGGGAUCCACACUACCCACUGAACAAUGGACAUCGAUCGGACCCACACCACCGAGGGAAGGACAACGCUGGGAGCAAGCAUGGGGCCUUCUCCCCUGAGAAAACUAGGAAAACGCUACAGACACUCAAGGAGAGGCUGGAGAACUUGCAGGCCAGGAAUUCCUCCAGCUCCUAUUCAAGCUCACUGAGAGACCUCCUGCAACGCAAAAUCAAUGCACUUGAGAAGCAGCUCAACAAUCAUUAUGGUGGGCAUCAUGAUUAUGGUCACCAUGACGACCACCACGAUGACCACCAUGACGACCACCACGAUGACCACCAUGACGACCACCACGAUGACCACCAUGACGACCACCACGAUGACCACCAUGGACCCGACCACCACCAUGAUGAUCGACACGAUGACCACCACGAUGACCACCAUGGACCCAGUCACCCCGACGAUCACCAUGAUGACCACCACGACACCCACACCUCCACCCCCGCUCGCCACAACAACCGCCACAACAACCGUCAAAACAGUCACCAUGACCGACACUAUGACCGCCAUUAUGAUCGUAGCCAUGGCCGCCAUGACACCCACCAUAACGACCACAAUGACGAUCACCAUGAUGACCAUCACAACGACCGUCAUGGCGAACACCAUGAUGACCAUCAUGACCUUCACCACGAUGACCACCAUGAUGAUCUUCACGAUGACCACCAUGAUGACCACCAUGGAAACGGUCACCGUGACGAUGGUCACCAUGGCAACGAUAACCAUGGCCAUCAUCCUCGUCCAUCCUAUAACAGCAAGCCACCGGCUUCAAGACCUCUUGGCCGUGGACACAACAAGCUUGAAACUGUGCUGAGCCACCUUAACCACAGGAACACUGACCCUGGUACCCGGAAAAAGCCAAAGAGUCCGGAUGCUUUCCAGAUUGGCUUCCCUAUGCGCACUAACUACAUAUAUGGAAAAAUAAAGAGGACCCUACUCAACGAAAUCUUCGCCCUCACCGUCUGCCUCUGGAUAAAAGGGGGGUCAGGGCCAGGCCUCGGCACGCCCUUCUCCUACUCUGUACCGGGACAGGCCAACGAACUGGUUCUGAUCGAAUGGGGCAACAACCCCAUGGAACUACUGGUCAACGACAAGGCAGUGACAUUGCCCAUGGCAAUGACGGACGGGAAGUGGCAACAUCUGUGCGUGACAUGGUCAACACACGAUGGGCAUUGGGAGGCCUUCCAGGACGGCGUAAAAAGGGGAUCUGGAGAGAAUCUAUCUGCAUGGCAUCCCAUCAAGCCUGGUGGAGUCUUUAUUCUGGGCCAGGAACAGGACGCCCUAGGUGGCCGAUUUGACGCCACUCAGUCCUUCGUGGGCGAAAUGUCAGACCUCCAGUUGUGGUCCCGCAUUCUCACGCCCAAUGAAAUCUACAGCCAGGCUUCCUGCGGAGGUCACAUGGCCGGUGACCUCAUCUCCUGGACAGAGGCAGCGGUUGAGCUUCACGGUGGGGUCACCAAAUACCCCUUCGACCCCUGUCACUAAGCACUACCCCACUCUGCCUCAUUAAAAAUGUCUGAUCACCAAGCCAAUGAUGUCAGUCAACCAGCUGUACGGUGUGGCAGCAGGGCUCUGUGCACUACGCUGCAGAGACAUUCUGCUAUUUUUGCCAUCCAUUUCCUCUCUGUUCUGCCUUCCCCCUCGCUGGGCCGAGGAACUGGGAGGACUGUUAAAGAGAAAAGGCUGGAUUUAACCGAAUGGUCAUGACUACCACUGCUCCCAAGAUCCAGUACAGCUAAUAGGAUUCCCUGUCUCUAGAUGGGUCCAUCCAUGUUUGCCCCGGCCUUAGCAAAGCCCUUCAUCAGUCAGGUGUUCAAAGAAUCAAAACAUUUUUCUGGGACGUAUUACGCCUGGAUAUGGUUCUCAAAGUCACAAUACUCCAGAUGUUAUUUGUUGGUCUUUCUGUUUUUGACUGGUGAGUAGGAUGAUACCAGUGAUUAAAAGGGAAGCACUGAGGUAGAAUGCUCAUAAACCAACUUUGGACAGUAUUGAAUGAACAACCUGAAGGCACUGAAAACAGAGCCAUGCACAUGGCAAGUGUAUGAGUUGGAAGACAUUGAUAAAGAUUUGAUGAGUGAAUGUGAGGGAUUAUGUUGUAUUUUUUUGUACAGGAAGAUGGAGGAGCUCAUCUAGGGAUUUUGUUUUUAGGCUUUUAGACAGUCCCAACUCUACCUUGCCCACAGAGAUUUUAGAGGCCUAUUUUCUACUACUGUGUUGUACACACAUGCAACUGAUCAACAUUCCACUAGAUUUUUCACAGGAACUUAGCUCUACAAAUAGCUGAUGGUGCUCUGCUUUUGGUUAAAGGAGUUUGCUUUGUCUGUUUGCAAAAACAUAAUAUUUUUGUAAGUACUCCUUAAAAAAGGGACAUUUUGUAAGCUGGAAUGUCUGUUUUAACACAGCAAAACUUGUGGGUUUGGUUUCGACUUGUAUUUCUAUCAGUGUGUCUGAAAUGGCUGCCAGGUUUUAUGCAACAGCAGAGUUGACAUUGUCAAGUCUGACUUGUGGACAGGAGCCCGCAUAAAUACAGGCUAACUGGCUGUCAAGAGGUCUAAGGUAAUGCUGACAUCUCCAUGGUAACUUGUGGCUUACAGUGGGAUUUACCUGACAAGUAGAGCUCUGAUCUAGAUCCAGACUAUUUCUGUGCUGUCAGUAGCAUACACAUGUUCUCAAAUAGGCUAAAUUCACACAUGUUCUCAAAUAGGCUAAAUUCACACAUGCACGCACAUGCACUCAAAACAGCUUGGAAACAAAAAUGUAAUGCUGUAAUGCUCUAAAAAUCUGUUGCUUUUUAUUAGUUGGGUCUUAUGUUUUUAAUGCAUGUAAAAUGCUUAAACAAAUCUGAAAAAUAUAGCCGAUGUAUUGAAUAUCAACUGUGAAAUUGCAUAAACAAAUAUACACCAUUACAUUUUUGGUAAAUAUAACUUAUUGUACACAACAACACAUCCUUUCCUUAUAUUUUCUUUCAGUGUAUAUGGCCAUCCCUUUUCUGUCUGUAAAGCAUACAAAUGAGGAAUGUAUUUUAUUUUAUUAGUUUACUUACCCCCAUUUCAGUGUAUUAAGUUCAGACUGUCUAUCGUCUCAUUGUUUCACAUGAACACUGAUCGUAAAAGCACAGAUAGAACAAUGAGACAGAUAUUUCACCGGAUGUAUAAAUGUGAAGCAUCCGGUUGCUGUUUCCACUAACUACCAAAUAUGGUGAUGAGAGGAAGCCCAGUGGCUGGCAUUGGGAGAAGAUGGUAGCGAGAUGGAUUUUGGCUGACAUUCUGCAAAUGUUUUCCUUGAUAAAACAUUUCAUCUCAAUACAGUUCUCUGUAAUCUGUAACAAACAGAGUGGACAACGUCUUGUAAACUUUACCCUUUGCCAAAGUUUCAAAAAAUAGUGUUGUUUAGAAGGAGUGCAAGGGCGAAUUGAGUUGUUGCACACGCACACUUCCCAAAGUAGACAUUCCCUAAUGUAAAUAUGCAACGCGCCAAUAGGAUCUCGCUAGUUCGUGCUUGGUUCUGCCCACAUUCUUGCUUUGUUCUGCCCACUAUGAUUCAUUUGCUCCCAUUGAAAAUAAAAGGCUCUGGUCUAUCUUGGGCUAGUUAUAAAAAUCUUUGAUAAACGGGUCUGUUGUUGCCAUGGUGAUAGUACAGCCCUUGGCUGGACAUAGCCCCUUGUUGCUAUUAAUCAUUACAACCAUUACAGAACACAACCAUUACAGUAUGUUUGUAAAUAUUUGUUAAUGCACCUUUGUGAGAGGACAUAGUGGUUUGGAUUGUUUUAUAAGAGUUUAUAAUGCCAAGAUGAGCAUUAAAAACCCCAUGCUCCAGUUUAUUUUCCUGAUAGUGGGCUAAAUGUAUGUAAUGUUUCCGAACAUUUUGUGUGUAUGUUUCUAAUUCAUUACAUUUAAAAAAGAUGAUUGAUUAAUGAAUGCUAAUACAAUUGGAUAAAAUUCAGUUUAAACAUAGCAUUGAAUGCAGUUUCACCAUCAGAAUCUAUGUUGCUUCCAUAAAGUUUGUAUAAUCUCGCCUUUGGUAUACAUUUCAUCUGUAUAUAAAGAAACACUCAAUAGAUUCAGUUUUUCUUGUCUGUAAAUAUUGAACAACCUUUUAUUUAUUAAUGUCUGUGUAUUUGUUCAAAAGUUCCUUUCCUGUGUAUGUAAGCCAAAAAUGUAAGACGAAUCGUAAAACUUAAACAAGAAAUAAAUGGACUAACUCUGGUAAA